AGUCAGUUCACUUGAACAGCUGUGAGCGAUCGACGUUGGUCGGGAACCAAACACACAGACACCCCAUAUAGACACGCAUAUACAUUUGUAUAUGCAUAAUUACAUACUUCGCAGUAUAUGGGGGCUGCAUAAGAAACAAGUACAACAAAAUCAGAAAUAUACACAAAUAUACAACAAAAUAAAAACGUAAAAUCUUUUGCGUAGUUUAUUCGCUCGCGUCGUUCACAUCGUUUCGUUUCUUCACUUUACUUCACUCCAAUCCAACUCGUAUCUCAUCGCUUCGUUUUUCGUUGCGCUGCGCUGCUUUGCGUUGUGCCGAGAGUUGCGUUGCUUCUUCAGUUCAGUUCAGUUAAGUUCGAUUCGAUGUUUAGUUUAGAUUGGCCUGGACAGGAAGAAAUGCCCUGGUCUCGCGCGACUCGGUGAAGAUAUAAGCAAUCUAGAACCCUCAAAUAACACCCACUAACUAAAUCUAGUAACGGAAACCUGUGUGCAUAAAUCUAGUUGUGAUUUAAAUCCCCCAGAUAAAUAAAUAAUACCUGAUCCCCGCAAAUACUUAUUGUCAAGUGAUAAGACAGAAACAUUUGGUGCCAGCUGAAUUUCAAACCAAUCUGCACCAAAACAUUAUCAAAAUAUUUGGUGUUUCAAAAUCAACACGUAAAACAAACACAAACACUAACGCGAGUGCAGCAGUAUUAGUGGAGCACUCAAACACAGCGAACGUAACAUAAGUGCACCAUUAUAGACGGGUGUAAACCUCUGCACAUACAUAAGUACGAGCCAAUCUAUUUAAUUCAGUUUCAGUGCAUUUAUAAAUUAAUAAAAUGUACAAUAAAUACCCAGCACGAGUGUGAGUGAGAGACACGCGUACGUAUAUAAGCUCAUUACACAGACGCAGCGAACGUGAGUCUUGGAAUAUUGCAAACACAAAACAAAAAAUAAAUAAAUAACGAGGAACCAGUUUCACCUUGAGGAGCAAUACCUAGUGCACACUCACACUGAGGCGAACGCGAGUAUUUUGCUAAAUAAAACAGUCCGAUCAGACCGCGACUGCGAGUACAUAGUGCAUACAUAGUGCAUCUAGUACUCACUACAUAAUUCGUGAUAAAGCCCCGGAGGAACCGAACCCUCCGCACUAUCGGAACUCCACCACUGCCUCUGUUUUUGCGACUAUGUUCGAGCGGCUAUCGCGACAACUGCCCUGGGAAACCACAGACACAGACACAGAGUGUGCGACGCAGCAGUCCUGCCAGAUAUCCCUGACACGCUGAGAAGAUGAUAGCUAAGCCCAACCAGGCUACCACCGAACCACCAUUCAGUUUUCGCCCCGGAACAGUGCUAACGGUUCCAGCAACCACCCCAGCGAGCCCAGCAAGCGCUAAGAAUCCAGCACCAAAACCGGAGCCACUUCCCCGCACCGCACAGACCCCCAAAGUCCGAACACAAAGCCAGUCAGCUAUUACUCAUCCAGCGGCUGUGGCUUCGCCUUCCGCGCCUGUUGCUGCAGCUGCGCCGAAGCCCCGGCACCCCCGGAGCCCCACCGCCCACACCUCCAUCCAUCCGGAUCCCCUCCACCUCUUAGCCCCCGAGCUCCAGACCGAAUCCAAUAUGGACGGCGAAAGAUCUCCGAGCCACAGCGGCCAUGAAAUGGCACUGAACAUAAGCGGCCCCGAUUCCAGCCUGGUGUUCGGAUCUGCACGGGUUCCUGUCAACUCCAGCACCCCGUAUUCGGAUGCAACUCGAACCAAGAAACAUUCUCCCGGCCAUAUUAAGCGCCCCAUGAACGCCUUCAUGGUGUGGAGCCAGAUGGAGCGGCGGAAGAUCUGCGAGCGGACGCCGGACCUGCAUAACGCGGAGAUAUCCAAGGAGCUGGGCCGGCGGUGGCAGGGCCUCAGCAAGGACGACAAGCAACCGUACAUCAUAGAGGCCGAGAAGCUGCGGAAGCUGCACAUGAUCGAGUACCCGCACUACAAGUACCGGCCGCAGAAGAAGCAGGCGCGCUCCCCGGGAUCGCUGAAGCAGAACCAGGACGCAGAAGGCUGCGAAGCUAAAAAUGACACUCCCAACCACUCACUGUCCACUCUUGCAAUCAAUGGAACCACCACUGCCGGUCGGAAAAGCAAACGAUCUACCUCUACAUGUCAAUCGGGUUCGGGAUCCAGUUCGAAGCGAAUAAGGACCGACUCGGGCGACGCCUCCAGGCCGAGAUUCGAGCUCAAGGCGGAAUCCGCAGAGCAGCACAGCUCUGUGGAUAUCAUAUUGCCCUCGGCGGACAACCUUCUCAGCUACCAGUCGUCCGACUAUUUACCUCUCAGCACAAACAGCACCGCCGACGCCGACGAGAAGCUGCACUCGGACUUGAGCACGGGUCCGCUGGAAGCGCGGGAGAACCUGCCGGACGUGGUGCACGGUCUGCUGCCGCUCUUCUGCUCUGCGUCGCACGGCCACCACAACCAGUCGGACCCCACGGCGGGCCUGAUGGAGAACAUCUCCGCGAUCAGCCCGAUCAACGAGCCCCAGGAGCUGUCCGCGGAGGAGCUGUCCGCGUUCCUGCCCUACCUGGAGGUGAAUCCCUCAAGCGACGGGCCCGGCCUGAAGGUGGAGUCCAGCCUGCUGGACGGCUCCGGGCUGAACGAGCCCGUCUUCGACUCCGAGGACAACAUCGUAAAUGACGCCAACCUGCACUCGGCCAGCCAUCAAAUACCUCCCUACGUGCCCGACAGCCACGACUGCUUCGCGGAGGACUGCGGCGGGGACAGCUCCUCCCACCAGGCGGAGUUCGAGGUGCGGCCACAGACGGUGACGAUGACCAUGACCUGCACCAUGCCAUACGGCGGCCCGGACGGGGGGCACACAUUCCAGAACGACGACUACAACCCGAUCCCGUCGGCCGCCGAGGACAGCGACUGCAGCAUCCUGACCAGCUCGAACUCGCCGCAGAUCGGGUUCGCCGGCGCCGGCUUCGUGGAGGCGGACGCCAUCGGCAGCACGUGCACGUACACCCAACAAGACUACACCGGAAGUGUAAUUGAAACACACAAUGAUCUCAACUACGCCGCACACGACAACAACGGAGCUCUGCUAGCCUACACAUUUGAGGACUUGCCGCCUCAGCCAACCGGUAGUCAUCUAGAAUUUAACACUAACAAGUACGAGUUUGCAAGUUAUUACAAAAUGUGAGAGAUAUUUAAGUUUGUGUAAUUUAUAACUAAUAUAAUUGUACGAUUAUAAUUUUACACCAAAUUAUAUAUAUGUAUGUAUGUAUACAGAUAAAUACUAUAUAUUCCAUAAAUUCUAUAUACAAAAAAAAAAGCGAGAAUAAAAUGCAUUGCAUUGAAAACAUUA